AUGAACCCCUGUCCAAUCCAUUUGCACAUCAUCCGGGAAUUUGCUCGGUUUAUUAUCCACAAAACGAAUACUUCACCGGCCCCAGCUGUCGACGCCGUGCAGUCGUGCGUCGGUCGCGCGCGAGAGGUCCUGAGCGUGACGCGUCUCCCCCUGUCGCUCCGCGCGUCUCGUCUCGUACCCCCAUUUCCUUUCCGAGCGCUGUGCGCGCGCGCGCUGAGCCCCUCUCCAAGUCGUUCGUUUCCCUUUCGCACUUGGUUUCUCUAUACAAUUAGACCGACGGCCAAACUGCGUGCGCACAUGUUGGCAAUGAAUGCGCCACAGCUCUUCAACGACGCGCGCCAGCGGCCCCCAGACCGCAUGUCGCACAGCUCCCACAUCAGCAGCAGUAGCAGCAGCCAAGACACGACGACCACGAAAGACAGGGACGAAGACGACGACGUUGACGUGGUCGAGCUCGACCCGGUGGACGGUUUCCCGAGUCCGCCCGUGCGCGUGCGGCCGCGGCGUCGCUUUGUCAAGGCCGGCAAGACCACGUACGAGCUGUCGUUCUCGCGACGCCACGUGACGAACGCGCGGCGCGGCGCUGCAGUCGUUGAGACUGCCACAGCCGAUGCGGACGAGAGUGAUGGUCUCUGCGACAUGACGCGACCCGCGCCCGUCGUGUCGUCGUUGUCGCACGUUCUGACUGAAGUCCUGAGCGGCCAGACCAAGGCGCUGAACAACAUUGUGGACACGACGCCGGUCCAGCCGAACGUGACGUACGUCGUAGAGCACGCGGCCGACGGCACGCCGUACGUCGCGGCUUCGGACGGGACCAAGUACUUUGAAAACUCGGCGAUUGGUCAGAUUUUUCUCCAAUCGGCGCGCGCGAAAGGGCACGUGCGUGGCCGACGGUCGGACCAGAGCGUCGGGUUGCGGCCACCGCAGCCGCAAGAGACGAGGCGAUCGGACGGGGAAUUGACACCGUCUGGGACUUUGAGUACUUGUACAGCAGCAGCAGACGGAGCAGGUACGGGCGAGACGGCGGCGGUUGGACUCGAUGGAGACGUGAAGCGAGGACUUGAGACGCGGUUGGCGUUCCGUGGCUUUCACGUGCGCAAGUGGAAAGAGCAGAAAAAGGGCGCGGUAGCAGAUACCACGACGGUGUCAACAGAUGGUGCCGCUGCUGCUGCUGCUACUGGAGCUGGUCAAGACGCUGCAGGUGUUUGUAUGGAACGAGAACGAGCGAGGUCGAGUCUGGACAAAUUGGAUCGAGAUCGCGCGGACGCAAGUUGCGACGUGCCGCCCACUGUGAGUCAAGCAGGAUACGAAGCGACAGCUUCUGGGACGACGGGACGACGAGUUGUUGACGUAAAUAGCAGCAGUGACGGCGGCGGUGGUAGCGUCUCGACGACGAAAACACUUCCUCGACUUCAGCCGAAGAAGGAAGUGCCGGCGCCACCGCUGGCACCUGAUGCCUAUGAUGAACAGGACAAUCCCUUGUGUCGGUCGUUCCAAAACGUGCGGAAUGUGGAUUUAGUGCGGGCCAAAGCACGUACGUCUGACGAUGACGAUGAGCACGAUCGUGAAAGUGACGAUAGAGGGCACGAGCACGAUGACGAGCAUGAGGAUGUUGCCACGGCUGGAGAUGACGAUGUUCCGGAUGCGGACUCGCCUGACUUUGCUGGUCGUGUGCGUGUCUCAUCAGGUGCAACGAGCGUGGCGGACUUUGUGGGUGGGUUUAAGGGUCAGCUUUGCCGACGAUCAGGGGCAAGUGGCUUGGUGAAUCGCAAGCGCGCGGUGCGACAUGCGCGUCUCUCAGCAGAAGAACAGAAGGCCGCAGAUUUGGCGCGGAAGAUUCGGGAAGCGCACAAUCGUGUUCCGCUCGAGUUCAGGGACGAACACAUGUCCUUUGCCGCGCUAAUGGAGAUACAAAAGAAGAGGAAAGAAAACCAGGCUCGCGGUCGGCAUGUUUCGUUCAACCCGGAUGUGCUGUGUCGCGAGUUUGAAGUCGUGUCUGAGGAUGAGGACGACGGCUAUGAUAGUCCAGAUGAGAUCGUCGAUGCUGUUCAAUUAGUGAGUAAGCGCGACGUUGUCCGUGCUGAGGAUGUCGUUGCGACGUUUCCGAUGGAGCAAUUGGGGUUGCCCUCUGAAGCUCUUGCUCAUGAUGUCGAAGCAUCUGCAUCUCCAGGGUCAGACGGAGAUGCUGCAAGUGUACAGAAAGACCCGCUGACCUUCUCGGCGGUCGAGAAUGACAAGCGAAUGUCGUUUUCCGAACUCUGA